AUGACGAAAGGUAUGGCUUGGCAUCAUGUUCCAACAGACUUGAAUCCGGCGGAUGUGGUAUCGCGCGGAUGUACCCCCAAAGAAUUGCUGGAGCACUCCCUUUGGGCAAAUGGACCUCCAUUUCUACUGAAAGGAGCGUCGAACUGGCCCUCCCUAUUAGAUGCAGUAAGGAACCUUUCGGAACGGCGUUCCACGGUGCUAAUUGGAACCGUUGGCACUGACAUAUCUAUCAACUGCAAGUUUCUCAACUCAUUCGACAAGUUGCAACGUGUUUUCGCGUUCAUUUAUCGAUUCAUUUCAAAUUGCAGAGCCAAAUCAUUACCUUCAACCAUCUAUCUUACCGUUGACGAGAUCAGCUUCGGAACCGUUCUGCUUCUAAGGAGCAUUCAACAGGUUCACAUAGCGGUGGAGCAUGAGGUUCUUAGCCAAGGCAAGCCUUGUCCUUCGAAGAGCAAGUUGAUUUCUCUGAGGCCAAUACUUAGCUCUGAGGGUUUACUUCGUGUUGGUGGAAGGCUUCAAAAUGCGAGCUUGGACUACGAGGCUAAGCAUCCGAUAUUGUUACCCAAGGAUCAUCCGGUCACCAGGGCGAUUAUCGUCUAUUAUCAUGAGAAAUACUUCCACGCAGGGCCACAGGCGUUGCUCGCUGCUUUACGGAAAAGAUGGGUAGCCUGCCAGCAGAUCGAGUUCAGGCUAACCCAGCAUUUCACACCACAGGAGUGGACUAUUGUGGACCGUUCUAUCACAAGUCAGAGGCCCGGAACAAAGCACCCCCAGUGCUACAUCGCCGUCUUUGUCUACUUUUCGACGAAGGCUGCGCACUUGGAAGUCGUCCAGGAUCUCACAACGGAUUCUUUUAUUGGAGCUUUGAGAAGAUUCAUUAGCCUCAGAGGCAGUCCACGCACUAUUUGGAGUGAUAAUGCGACAAACUUUGUUGGCGCUAAACGAGAGCUAGCGGAACUAAAGGAGUUAUUUUUGAGCGAACCGCACACGGCUUCGAUAAGUUCUUCCUGCUUAGCGAAUGGGAUUGAUUGGAAGUUCAUACCCCCGCGUGCCCCACAUUUCGGUGGUCUAUGGGAGGCGGCUGUAAAAUCGGCAAAAUUUCUCUUCUACCGAGUUGUCGAAAAUGCUGAAAAUUUUGAGGUGCUAACGCCAGCGCAUUUCCUCAAUGGUUCCAGCUACACAAGGUUUUCUGAGCCAUACGUUACUCAUCUUCGCGAAGGCCGGUUAAGCAGUUGGCAAAGAAUGACACAAAUGCAGCAGAACUUCUGGAAAAGAUGGAGCAGAGAGUAUUUGUCCCUGUUGCAAGAACGAAGCGAAUGGCGGAUCAAAACAUCCAACAUCCAAAUCGGUCGCGUUGUAUUGCUUCAGGAGGACAACCUUCCACCGAUGAAAGGGCAGCUUGGGUGCAUCCAUGAAGUCAUACCCGGAAAGAACGGCGUCGUCAGAGAAGCUGUGGUCCGGACAGCUACAGGUCUUACCAAGGGCCGUCACCAAACUAGUCACUCUGCCCAUCGAAUCCCAUUUGGUUGGAACCGUGCCUCUUCCAACGGGGGGACCCAGCGAUUCUUUCAGAGGCUGUUUGUGGACUUUCUCGGACCAUAUCCCCGUUUUAGAAGUGGGAAUAUAGGAAUUUUUAUAGUCCUGGAACACUACACGAAGUUUGUGUUUUUGAAAGCUGUGAAGAAACUCAAAACGGAUGUGGUGAUCAAAUAUAUGCAGCAGGAUCUUUUUCACACUUUCGGAGUGCCAGAAACUAUUGUGUCUGACAACGGUUCCUAG